GAAGAAAGAGAAAGAAAGAAGAAACUUGAAACUUCCACCCUCCACUCCUCUCUCCUCCUCCCUCUCUCUCUCUCUCUCCAAAAUUCAAAGCAUUCUCAACUCCCUUUCUUGUACUUUUUCUUCCCCCUCAAAGACCAAAGCUUUCACUCAGAUCUCUAUAAAAAUAAAAAAAAAGAAGACUUGUACAUACUGUAUUCAAUUCCCUUCCCUUUCCGUCUUCACAAAUCAGUAUCUAGGGCUUCAACCAAUCCCUGAUCUUAUCACCAAUUCUCCUUAUUCUGAAUCCUAAAAAUCACUUUUCUGUAAACAAAUUCGUAAAUUUUCGAGCUUUGAGCGAAUUAACCUCCAAAGAAAAUCCGUUGUAAAAAAUCAUGGUGGUACCGGCCAUAGCACUGUAUUCCACCCCGCCGUACGACCUCGAAUCCACCGGCCGAUCUCCGCCGUCAGCCCCAAAGCCGGCUGUCGGCGGCCUCACGUGCCUUUUCUCGUCGCAGCCGCCGCCGUCGGUGAAGCACGACAGAGGCAACGAAUUGAGCGCGACGUCGUCGUUUCGCUCUUCCAAUGGCGGCAACGAAGAGUUCGCGUCCCCGUGGCACGACAGAGGCAGCGAAUUCCCCGCGACGUCGUCGUUUCGCUCCUGCUACUCCCCGUGGGGAUCGUACUCAUCUCUGAAGCGCGAUCACAGCCCCGCGUCGGUUUUCCAUGGCCCCACCUCGUGCAGUAGCAGUAGUAACCUAUCAUCAUCAUCUCUACCGUUGAGAAUUGGGCGCGAAAAGAGUUCUAGUUAUAGUCAUAGUUUGUUUAGUGGGUUUGUUACGCACGCGUUAGGGUCUUGUGUGGAUUACGAUUUGAGUAACGAUUCGAUAGAUUCGACGUCGGUGAUGAGGGAAGAGCUGCCGUUUAGCAUGGAGGGUGAUGUUGCGGAGUCGAGUGGUGGAACUUGUGCUGAUGAAUUGUUAUUGGGUGCACAGUUGAGGCACAAGAUAUUUAGUGAAGAUUUGGUUGUUAAGGCUUUUUAUGAAGCUGAGAAGGCUCAUAGAGGGCAGGUUCGAGUAAGUGGGGGUCCUUAUUUACAGCAUUGCGUCGAAACAGCGGUGUUGCUUGCAGCUAUUGGAGCGAACUCAACGGUGGUUGCUGCGGGCCUUUUACAUGACACGCUUGAUGAUUCUUCUAUGAGUUACGACCACAUUUACCUGACAUUUGGAGCUGAGGUUGCGGAUUUGGUUGAAGGGGUAUCUAAGCUUAGUCAACUGAGCAAGCUUGCCCGUGAAAAUGAUAUAGCAAGUAAAACUGUUGAGGCAGAUCGCCUGCACACCAUGUUCCUUGCAAUGGAAGAUGCCAGGGCAGUUCUCAUAAAGCUGGCGGAUCGCUUGCAUAAUAUGAUGACGCUUGAUGCCUUAAAUGUGGUCAAGCAACAGAGAUUCGCGAAGGAAACAUUGGAAAUCUUUGCUCCUUUAGCCAACCGUUUGGGGAUCUUUAGUUGGAAAGAGCAACUUGAAAACCUAUGUUUCAAAUAUCUCUACCCAGACCAGCACAAAAAACUCUCCUCCGAACUUGUGAACACCUUUGACCGGGCAAUGAUUACUUCUGCUGAAGAAAAAUUAGGUCAGGCACUUGAGGAUGCAGCCAUCUGUUACGAUGUGCUAAAAGGGAGGCACAAAAGCUUGUAUAGCAUCUAUGCCAAGAUGUUGAAAAAGAAGCUGACGAUGGAUAAAAUUCAUGAUAUUUAUGGGCUACGAUUGAUUGUUGAAAAAGAGGAAGAUUGUUACAAGGCAUUGAGAGUUGUUCACCAGUUGUGGUCUCAAGUACCUGGGAAGUUGAAGGACUACAUAAAUGAUCCCAAGCCCAAUGGGUACAGAUCUCUACACACGGUAGUGCAGGGCGAGGGAAUGGUUCCUCUUGAAAUUCAGAUUCGAACACAAGAGAUGCAUUUACAAGCCGAGUUUGGCAUUGCGGCUCACUGGAGAUACAAAGAAGGUGAUUGUAAACUCUCUUCUUUUGUGCUUCAAAUGGUUGAGUGGCACCGUUGGGUUCUCUCCUGGCAGUGUGAGACAAUGAGCAAGGAUCGAUCAUCAGUUCAAUUUGCAGAUUCCAUUAAACCACCCUGCACAUUCCCUUCUCAUUCUGAAGAUUGCCCUUAUUCCUAUAAGCCUAGUCACAGCCCGGAUGGACCUGUAUUUGUCAUCGUGCUGGAAAAUGACAAGAUGUCGGUGCAGGAGCUUCCAGCAAACUUGACGGUCCAGGAUUUGAUGGAAAGAGUUGGGCAAGGGAACUUCAGAUGGUCUCCGGAUGGAUUUCCCGUUAAGGAAGAGUUGAGACCAAGGUUGAACCAUGAGUCAGUGGGUGAUCCAACCUGCAAACUAAAAAUGGGGGAUGUAGUGGAGCUCACUCCAGCAAUACCUGUUAAGGCUUUGACAGAGUACAGGGAACAGAUCCAGCGCAUGUACAAUACUGCAUCCACCUCCGAACAUGACCAUAAUAGCACAGUUGGCCAGAGAAGUUGAAAUUGGCGUGCUUUUUACUCCUAUAUCUAACCAUUUAGGGAAGACCAGUUGUAUAUAAGUUCUAUGUAUUUGUACAGCACAACUGUAUGGUUCUUGCUUGAAGAACAAUGGCUAACUGGAUUGAAGAUAAUGCAAAAUGCUCGGCUAAUAUUGCCAUAUUAGCUAGCACCCAUUUGUUGCUC